UAAGAGGCGGAAGCGGCAGAAGGAAAAUAACCAUCGCCUGAAUGAAUGUUAUGUGAGUUAACUGACUUCUCACUCUGUAUCUGAGGACGCGCUUAUCGUUGACGAUGUCAGACUCAGUGAAGAACGUGGUCAUUUUUGGGGCGACGGGAAUGACCGGUCUGGCCACCCUGCCUCUUGCAGCGGCUGCAGAUUACAACGUCACAGUGCUGGUGCGAGACCCCGCCAGGCUUCCGGCGGACCACAAGGCAUCCAGAGUGGUGGUGGGGGACGUGCUCAACAAGGAUGAUGUGAAGAAAGCCUUAGAAGGGCAGGACGCCGCCAUUAUCAUCUUGGGAACAAGGAAUGAUCUCAGUCCAACUACAGUGAUGUCUGAAGGUACAAAAAACAUCGUGGAGGCCAUGAAAGCCCGCGGCAUCCGCAAAGUGGUUGGAUGCAUGUCAGCCUUCCUGUUGUGGGAUCGCUCCAAAGUGCCGCCUCGCCUGCUGGCAGUCACCGAGGACCACGACAGGAUGUACGCUGUCCUCAAGUCAUCUGACCUAGACUACGUGGCCGUCAUGCCGCCUCACAUUGGAAAUGAUCUUCCCCUGACGGAGAGCUACUUAGCGACGGAGAAUGCGUUGAGGGGACGAGCCAUUUCCAAACAUGACCUGGGACAUUUCAUGGUCAAGUGUCUCUCCAACAGCGAGUGGGAUGGCAAGACGGUGGGCGUGUGGGGCGAAUACAAAUAAUUCAAAUCACAUAUCAUUGAAAUGUAUCAACCAAAACUAUAUUUUUUAAUAAUGGUACCGAGCUCCUUUUGCAAAGCCAACAUAUAUGCUUUUGAAGUCAAUUUUCCAUGUCCCAAACUCUAUCAUGAAUGCUCUGCUUUGUUUUUCAAAUAAAU